AUGAAUCCACUAUUGUCAUUAAAAGGUGUUUAUAGGAAAGAUACGAAAAGAUGUUAUGAAUUAUGGUGGCAAGGAUUGCCUUCAAAAGUACGCGGAUUAAUUUGGUUAUUGGUGAUCGGUAAUGAACUUAAUUUAACGCAAGAUUUAUAUGACAUAUGUUGUUCACGGGCUCGAGAAAAAAUGACACUCUUUAGUAAAAAUGAAGACUCAGAUAAUUCACCUCAAAACGAUAAACAAGCAACCUCAGAUAAGUUUUGCAAAUUUGCAGAUAAUGUCUUUCUUCAACCGAUUAAUCGUGAAAAUACUGUGAAACUGAUUCAUCUUGAUGUUUCUAGAACGUUUCCCAAUCUAGGAAUAUUUCAAGUGGGAGGGCCCUAUCAUAAUCUUUUAUGUAAUUUAUUGGGCGCUUAUGUAUGUUACCGACCAGAUAUCGGUUAUGUUCAGUCAAUGUCAUUUAUCGCUGCAGUUUUAUUAUUGCAAAUGGAUCCUUACGAUGCAUUUGUUGCCUUUGCAAAUUUAUUAAAUCGUCCUCUUCAGUUGGCUUUUUUCCGUUUGCAACAACCAGAAAUGACCGUAUAUUUUAUUGCUUAUGAUCAGUAUUUUCAUCAAGAACUUCCUAAACUACAUUCACAUUUCGAUCAGCUUGAUGUUCGACCUGAUCUAUAUCUUAUUGAGUGGUUAUAUACAUUAUAUGCAAAAUCUCUACCUUUUGAUGUUACAUGUCGAGUUUGGGAUAUUUUUCUUCGAGAUGGAGAAGAAUUUUUGUUCAAGACUGCGCUAGGAAUUAUACGCUUAUAUGAAUGUCAGUUACUUGAAAUGAAUUUCGAAGAAGUCGUCUAUUUUCUUACUCAUCUCCCAGAAUCGAUGUGUGUCAAUGAUUUGUUCCAUAAUAUAGAACCGUUCAUGCGUAAUUAUCCAUCUACAUCUGAGAAUAUAAAAUUUAAGAGGAGAUUUUCACAGAUCUGUGCUGAUGUAACUGAACGUAUAAAUGUGGGAAGUAAUAAAUUAUGCUCCAAGUUAUCCUCAAAUAUGGAAGAUUAUGUCGAUGGUCGUUCACAUUCCCCUGAAUUGCGUAGGAUUUCAAAUAAUGUGCAGAAUUUAAAAAUGAGUAAAAGUCUCAGUGGAUUUCUUGGUGAUCUUCUCGGUGCACCAUAUUCUGAGGAUGCCACUGAUAUUUCAUCUUCCUCAUCUUCAAUGAUUCAUUAG